AAAUGGCGCCGGGAGGUGAGAUGCCCGAGUUCAGGCGCAGCUUCUUCCGAGGUUGCCCUGGCCUCAGGUGCAUAGGGUGUUAGAGUCUGGGUUGGAAAGGGCAGGGGUUGGGCUGGGACUCCUGUCUUGGCACGUGUCUUUGGAGCACGGCUACGCACUCCAUUGUGCGACUUAAAUUUUUGAGCCAAGUGGGCCGGGAUCACCUUGAACCUGAGGAGACGCAGGCGUUGAAGUGGCUGGUAGAGGAAGAGCUGCUGAAGAUGCAGGUGUGGACGUGUGCCUGGGCCAGGCGAGACAGGGUUUGUUGCUGAGGGGUUGGGACAGGUCACAACCUUGGUUCGGUUUGCCCUCAUGCUGCACCCACAGGCGGAUGCUGGUACCAAGGAAGGAAAGCUAGACUUUAUCAAAGUGAAGAGGUCUCCUGCUCCCUGCAGUGACCCAGAGAGAAAAAGGUUCCGCUUCAAUUCAGAGUCAGACUCCAGCUCUACACCACCCAGUCCAGACUGCUCAGGACCCCCAACCAAGAACAGCACAACCAAGAAGUCAUGUUCCAGGAGAGCUUUAAAGAAAGCCGUUGAGAGCACAGAUGAAGAGCAGCAGACAGACCUGGUUGCCAAGAUGGGAUUAGAGGAGAGCAGUGAGGAGGAAGGGGAGGGUCCUGUCAGAGCAAGUAAGGUCUGGAAGGGAGAGAACACUGAGGAAGAGGAUGCUGUGAAAAAAGCACAGAAGGGCAGGGCUAAAAAGCAAGCUGGGGCCAAGAACAAGCAAGCACCUGGCAGAGUGGCAGCCAGGAAGCAGCAGGUCAGGGAAGAAAGUGAAAGCUGUGAGGAAGAGGCCGUGCAGGGGAGAGCAACCGCAGGGGGAGGCACGGGUGCUGAACGCCACAGGGAAAGUGAAGACAGCGACGAGGAGCCCCUAGCCAAGAAGAGGGGGCACCGGGAACCCAGACCGAGGGGCAGCAACGGGCAGAGGGUGAGCUACAAGCAGAAAACGGGAGGCUCGGGAGGCAGUGAGGAUGAGAAGCAGCGGGGGGCGGAAAGUAAUGGGGACAGCAGUGGGGAGGAAGAAGGGAGCUCCCCGAGGAAAAGGAGCAAGGACAGGCCCCAGACCGCGAGCAGUGAGGAUGGGGGAAGCAGCCUACGGGAGCUAGCGACUGCCCAAGGAACUACAAAGACAGGCACACCAGACAGCUGUAAUGGCGAGAGUGACGGCCAGGCAGGAGAGCGCACCAAAGAAGAGAGGAGGAACCGCUCUUCCAAGAAGAGCUCCAAGAAAGGCAAGGCACGAAGUUCCUCCUCCUCAUCAGAUUCCAGUCCAGAGCCCACCAGCCAGAAGGCUGGGUCUCGUCGUGCAGAAGACCAUCCAGCUGUGGUGAGACUAAAGCGUUAUAUUCGGGCUUGUGGUGCCCAUCGAAACUACAAGAAGCUGCUGGGCUCCUGCCGCUCCCACAAGGAGCGUCUGAGUGUCCUCAGGGCUGAGCUGGAAGCGCUGGGCAUGAAGGGCAGUCCUUCCUUGGAGAAGUGUCGGGCCCUGAAGGAGCAGCGAGAAGAGGCAGCUGAGGUGGCUUCCUUGGAUGUUGCCAAUAUCAUCAGCAGUUCAGGCCGAUCACGAAGAAGUAAUGCCUGGAACCCUUCAGGGGAAGGAAUCCCCCCAGGGGAGCUUUAUCGCCGAACCCUGGACUCAGAAGAGGAGCGACCACGCCAAGCACCUCCAGACUGGUCCCAUAUGCGGGGCAUCAUCAGCAGUGAUGGAGAGAGCAGCUGAACUCCAUGCCCCAAGGUGGACCUUGCCCUGUUAUACAGAGAGCCUGUGGCCCUGAAGCAGCUUUUGAAGAGAGCUAAGUUGUUGGCACAGUACUCAAUUUCUUGUUCUCUAGGGUUGUUUUGGGGGUUGGUUUUUUGUUUUGUUUUUAGAGUCAAUAAAGUAAUGUUUGUAAUUACUUCA